AAUGCCGGUUUUUAGGAGGAGUUCGGGUUAUCUUCCCAAAAGGACAAUUAACGAUGUACAUGGGAUUCCAUGUUGCUGCCCUUCAAGCAAGAGAGAAAGGGGCUUCAAAUUGUACGUUUCAAGCUACAUCGACAAUUUUUUAAGGAGGUCAUCGAACCUGCCCCAUAAUAUUGGUUCAGAAAUGCAGCAGCGACGGCACCUGCUGCUUGCAGCAAGUUUUCGUGCGUUAAGGCGCAACUAUACCACAGUCAAAGAAAAUUCAGGUUUGGACGGGAAGUGAACCAGCCUCUCCGAGCAGGUGUCAGCAGUGGAUAAUUCACAUCAACACUGGACAGGAGAGGAAGAGAGAUUUGUUUCUCCUCUCUUUCUUCUCCACCAACUUCCCUUCCCUUUAGUUAGAUUAUUAGUUCUUUUUUUUGUUUUUUUGAUGUUCUCGAAAAUGGUUUCAAAAUUGACCUCUCUUCAGCAGGAGCUCCUGAGCGCCUUGUUAGAUUCCGGAGUUUCCAAAGAUGUCCUAAUCCAAGCCCUGGACGACAUGGACCCUAGCCCGAACAGCUUUGGAGUUAAAUUGGAGAACCUACAGAUGUCUCCCCCAAGCUCAAAAAUGAACGGAAACGAUUCGGAUUCAAAGCCGAUAUUUCAUCAACUGACAAAUGGUCACGGAACGGGUAAACUGUCUGGAGACGAGGGAUCCGAGGACGGGGAUGAGUUCGACACUCCGCCUAUAUUGAAAGAAUUACAGUCGAUGAACACGGAGGAAGCUGUGGAACAGCGAGCAGAAAUUGACCGCAUGUUAGCUGAGGACCCAUGGCGUGCAGCCCGAACGAUCAAAGGCUACAUGCAGCAGCAUAACAUCCCUCAGCGCGAGGUAGUGGAUGUAACGGGACUGAACCAGUCUCACCUCUCGCAGCACCUCAACAAAGGCACACCGAUGAAAACUCAGAAAAGAAUGGCACUCUACACCUGGUACGUCAGGAAACAGCGGGAAAUUCUCAGACAAUUCAACCAGGCAGUGCAAGGUUCUGGCAGCAAUAUGACAGACAAAGGCAAUCAGGAUCAGGUGAUGUUUUUCUUCCCAGAGUUUAACCCACCUGGUCAGAAUAUGGGGCAGUCCAGUGACGAAGUGGGCUCUGAACCAUCCUGCAAGAAAAUGAGACGCAACCGUUUCAAAUGGGGGCCUGCAUCCCAGCAGAUCCUGUACCAGGCUUACGAACGCCAGAAGAACCCCAGCAAAGAGGAGAGGGAAGCCCUGGUGGAAGAAUGCAACAGGGCUGAGUGCCUUCAGAGAGGCGUGUCUCCCUCUAAGGCCCACGGCCUGGGCUCAAACCUGGUCACAGAGGUGCGUGUUUACAACUGGUUCGCCAACCGGCGGAAAGAGGAGGCUUUCCGGCAGAAGCUUGCGAUGGAUGCUUACAGCGGUCCGACCCACGGCCUCAACCCCCUCAUGGCCCACAGCUCUCCACAUCACCCGCAGAAUAGCGCUUCUCCACCCAUGCGUUACAGCCAGGGACCUGGUGAGGUCAGUUCCUCGACGACCAUCAGUCACCACGGCAGCAACUCCAUGGCAACCAGUCAAUCCGUGUUACAGCAGGUGUCUCCGGCUGGCUUGGACCCCAGCCAUAGUCUGCUGUCACCUGACGCCAAGAUGAUCUCAGUGUCUGGUGGAGGUUUGCCACCAGUGAGCACGCUGACUAACAUCCACAGUUCUCACCACUCCCACCAGCAGACACAGAACCUCAUCAUGCCCCUCAUGGCCAUAGCACAAAGUAUGAACACGUCGCAGUCCCAGUCGGUGCCGGUGAUCAACAGCGUGGCGGGAAGCCUGGCGACGCUGCAGCCCAUCCAGUACAGCCCGCACCAGCAGGGCCUCAUGCAGCAGUCUCCAAGCCACAUGAGUCAGCAGCCCUUCAUGGCCACCGUCACACACUCACACAUGUACCCUCACAAGCAGGAGCCUCCACAGUACUCCCACCCGUCUCGCUUCUCCUCGGCCAUGGUGGUCACGGACGCCAACAGCCUCAGCACCCUCAGCUCCAUGUCCUCCAGCAAACAGGAUUCUCCAGUAAACAAGAUGGUGCAACUUGGGGGACUCUCCUGGUGUCCUCUUCAAGCCUGGUGAGGUUGCACACCUGACUUCCUUGGUGCCUAGCAACAGGAGCUCCGUUUUCCACCUUCUCUCUGUGGUAACCGUGACAACUCCUAAUAACUAGCAGCACACGCACUGGACGAUGAGUCAAUAAAUCAAGCGUGGUGGUGGAGGGGCGGAAAGUGCCGGCAAAGAGACAGAGAAAUGAACCCUGCAGGUCUGCAAUAAGUGGGAAGGACAUACAGCAGGAGUUCCUCUCAUAAACACAGAUGAUCAACAAGGAUAUGAUUGAUUUUUUAAACACAAUCUUUGAAAACAGUAUUCAUUGCUCUACCUUUCAUUGAAAAUUGUACAUAAAUGACAUUCCUCGUUUUUUUUUUGCCGCGGCCAAUCAUUUGUGACCAUCACCACAGAACAAACCAAAUGAAGCUGUGCCUCUGCCCUGUGUACUGCGGGGUUCAUCAUCCGAGGACGGGAGUAGAGGCCCUGGUAGACAGCGAUACUAUGUGAUUGAGAGACAAAGUUGCACAGAAGCUGAGCUGAUCUCCUACUGUCUGUCUGUGUAUGGCAGGACUCUGAUACAGACAGUGGGAUCGCCUCUUUGCCAAGUGCCCGGACUCAUGGCUAGAUGUUUCUUGUCUCCAGCAACCACUGAAAUUAUGAUUCACAUUUUUAACUGUCUUAUCAAUAGCCGAGCACACUAGCGGAACUGUUUGACAAUCAUAUUUACCUUGUUCGAAAACAAUUGUAUUGAUUUUGUAGAUAGAUAUGUCAUAUACCUGUUCUGUUUCAAGUCUUCCAUUUGUUGUUUUUUAUAUAUAUAUAUAUAUUUCUUUUCUGUACAGCAUAUCGUGCUGUUUUACAGUAUGAAGGAUUUGUCACAAAAUGUUUGUAAUUUCUUAUGUAAACUGUGAUUGAGACAUUUGACAAUCUUUGGAAUACAUUGAAGGAUUAUGAAAUGUGACUAGACUUCCGCUAUUUCAGACCAAACCCUGUAAAUAUCUCCAGAAAUGACCGACUGUUGUCAGAGCAGCCUACCACAUCAGGGUGAAGUGCGAUUACACCACAGCAUGCACACAAGCUCGAGUACACCCACAUCUCACACCUGUUUUACGCUUUUUCAAGGUAUAUAAUUCAAAGUCUGCCCCGUUUCACAAACUACCUUCACCUUGUAAAAUAACUGUCACUUCGUCCUUGUGUGCCUUGAAACCCAGUCCUAAUCCCAUUUUGCAGGUCCGGACUACCGUCCCAGCAAGCCCUGCUCAGUUAAGAUGAAUUCCUCACAUCCCACAUUCUCAAUAUCCUCAGAAGUCCAACAUGUCAGAGUAAAUAUAAAAGAUGAAAUUGUGAAAUAAUUUGAUUUCUUAAUACUCUCAUCAUAAAUGAUUGAAGGACCCCCCACCUGUCAUAGUGAAAAUAUUUACAAGUAUUUGUAAGAAAAACAUUGAUAUUAGUCUGGAAUCUUGUUAAGGGUUUAGAGAAGGAGGAGGACCAUGUUGUGACAGCGGUUGCUCUAAUCAGGCUGGAUUCCAUGGAGGUUGGGAAAGGUUUGGGAGAGAAUCCCACAACCAGGGUUGGACACCCGAGCAAACAGUCUCAGAGACUCAUUACGCAGCCUGGGUUUGCUUGGUUGUGGGAUCAGGGUGUGGUGCUAUGGGUACUAGACAUUUCACAUAAGACACUUUGUAACUGCAUUGUCAGUAAAUGUAUUUGUCUUGAAGACGGAUUGAUUUAGCUUGAUUGUCAAACAUUCCAACUUAAGCUGUACCAUCUUGCUUGUGUUCUUAUCACAGUUCAGGCUUAUUUCAGACUCCUUUCCAAUAGGUCAUUAUAUUAUUGUUGUUUUGUUAUUAUUUUUGUCAGUCUGUUAUAAAUAUACCCACUGCUGACUGAAUGGAGAACAGGCAGAACUUUCCAGAAUUCAUACUUCUAGAGGACCAGAUGGCAGUGGAUGUGAUUUUCUCUUUGUGUAUUAUUUUUGUAUAAAAUGGAAAUCAAUCUUUUAAAUCAUUAUUUAUACUUUCUGAGAAAAUGUUGAUAUUUCAAGUAAAGCUUUUUUC